CCGCGCAUGCGGGGCUCACACGGCUGCAGCCGGCGCCGCUGCCACUCCCGGGAGCAUGAAGGACCGAACCCAGGAGCUCCGCACGGCCAAGGACAGCGAUGACGAUGAUGAUGUCACUGUCACCGUGGACCGGGACGGCUUCAUGGAUGAGUUCUUUGAACAGGUGGAGGAGAUCCGCGGCUUCAUUGACAAGAUCUCGGAGAACGUGGAGGAGGUGAAACGGAAGCACAGCGCCAUCCUGGCCUCCCCCAACCCUGAUGAGAAGACGAAGGAGGAGCUGGAGGAGCUCAUGUCUGACAUAAAGAAGACCGCAAACAAAGUUCGCUCCAAGUUAAAGAGCAUUGAGCAGAGCAUCGAGCAGGAGGAAGGCCUCAACCGCUCAUCCGCGGACCUGAGGAUCCGAAAGACACAGCACUCCACGCUGUCCCGCAAGUUUGUGGAGGUCAUGUCCGAGUACAAUGCCACGCAGUCUGACUACCGUGAGCGCUGCAAGGGCCGCAUCCAGAGGCAACUGGAGAUCACUGGCCGGACCACGACCAGUGAGGAGCUGGAGGACAUGCUGGAGAGCGGAAACCCCGCCAUCUUUGCUUCUGGGAUCAUCAUGGACUCCAGCAUCUCAAAGCAGGCUCUGAGCGAGAUUGAGACGCGGCACAGUGAGAUCAUCAAGCUGGAGAACAGCAUCCGUGAGCUGCACGACAUGUUCAUGGACAUGGCCAUGCUCGUGGAGAGCCAGGGGGAGAUGAUUGACAGGAUUGAGUACAACGUGGAACAUUCGGUGGACUAUGUGGAGAGGGCCGUGUCUGACACCAAGAAGGCCGUCAAGUACCAGAGCAAGGCACGCCGGAAGAAGAUCAUGAUCAUCAUCUGCUGCGUGGUCCUGGGCAUUGUCAUCGCCUCCACGUUUGGAGGCAUCUUCGGCUAGAAAGCACCCCACCGGCCACCCCACUCGGACGGUCUGCCCUCAGGAGGCCCCCUGGCUGCUGCCGCCUUCAGGCUCGGAGCCCCUUCCUUCCCAGCCCACGCCGCCCCUUUCUCUGCCGUAGGGCCCUCCGUACCCACCGUGCCCUGAGCCGUCGUGUGCAUGAUCUCUGUGACAGUGUGUGUCUAUACCGGGGAGCGAGCGGGCUGGGGCAGGUCCGCAGCAAGGACAGACUCAGGCCCUGGCCCAGGCUGCCUCCCCCUUCCCAGGUGGCGCUGCCGGGGGUAGCCGUGCUCCCCUUCCCCCGCCUCCCGUUAAUCCCACCCCAGCCUGGGGUCUGCCCUGACCUCUGGCCUCUCCAGCUGUGCCCCGAAGCCGAGCCCCCUAAGGGGUGGGGACCAGCUGGCCGCACGGUGCUGCUUUUCAGGCUAAGGAAGGGGUGGCCCUGAGAGGCAGCCCAGCUCUAAGCCUCUACCAGCUGACCACUGCCAGGGAGGCUCAGGGUGCAGUGGCCAGGUGGCUUCUGGCUUUGCCAAGACCGGGCUCCCUGCCCGCGUCGGGGCAGAGUCCAGCAGGUCUUGGCCGCCUCAUACUCCCUUCCCACG